ACCACUUGGACCAAUAAUCCAAUGUCUCCAUUGGAUCAAUAAAGGGUUUUCCAACUAUGCUUGUUCCCCUUAUUAUUUUUUUUUAAAAAAAAUGUUUUAAUUUAUUGAAUGUUUGCGUUGUUGUUGAGUUCAGCGUUCACCAACAGAAACAGCAGAAGGAAGGAAAAGGUGACUGCACAGAGGUAUCGAAUAAAGUCAAAAGUCGGAAUGGUUUCACUCUGAUCAAACUGAGGAAUCGAGGAAGGAAGGGUUAGGAUUAGGGUAAGGAUUGGGAAGCCAUAGGAGAAGAGAACAAGAGGAAGAAGAGGUCAAUUCAAAAUGCCGGAAGAGGAUUUGGUGGACAUCAAAUUUAGGUUGUACGAUGGUUCCGAUAUCGGACCCUUCAGGUACUCCUCCGCCGCCACCGUCGAUAUGCUUAAGCAAAGGAUUGUCUCCGAUUGGCCCAAAGGUAAAACUGUCGUGCCAAAGUCAGCUAAUGAAGUGAAAUUGAUUAGCUCUGGUAAAAUCUUGGAAAACAAUAAGACUGUUGGUCAAUGUAAAGUACCGUUUGGUGAGACUGCAGGGGGUGUUAUAAUAAUGCAUGUUGUUGUACAGCCAUCUCUAUCAAAAACUAAAGCUGAUAAGAAGGUCGAUGAUUCGCCCAAGAAGGUUGUCUGUUCUUGUUCCAUAUUGUGAAGUGAGUUGGAUGCGUAUCCUUAUACAUCAAUCACUCAUGAACUGUAGAAAUCAUCUGCCUGAACAAACCCCUAUUUCAACAUUCCCGUGUAAAGUACGUAUACGAGCAAUUAUAUACUUAUAGAAAAGUUUGUGUUAAUGGUGACUUCCGAAGAUGCUGUCAUUCUUUUAUUACAAGGUCUACAGGGUUGAUGACACAUUGUAACCAUUGAUUGCUACUGUUGUGCAUCAAGUUGUCGUUUUGCAUUUGCAUUUGCAAUGACGUGCGUGAUAUCUCUUGA